GGAGGCGAUGGACUCGGAAGGAGCGUCGAAACUCGAGGAGGUCGCCGCGUACCAGAGCAGCGAGGCGAAGCAGGCGAGGCUGCAGUCGAUGCUCGCCGCGCUGCUCGACGACCCCAUACUCGCGGACGUCCCGAGGAAGCCGUCGCUGGGGGACGUGGACACGCUCAUCAACCUCGAGCUCGGCAGCGCCAUGCGAGUCACCGUCGUCAAGUUGGACAGCACCCAGUUCGAUGUCGUGGUGCUGAACACUGCUACGGUGAAGGAUUUGAAGCUGGCUGUCAGGAAGAAGAUAACUGAGAUAGAGCAAGGCCAGAUGGGCCAUCGUCAUAUCUCAUGGAAGCAUAUUUGGGAGAACUACUGUCUGACACAUCAGAGUGAGAAGUUGAUAGAUGAAAAUUCUGUACUUUCUUCUCAGGGCGUUCGUAAUAACUCAAAGGUUUGUUUCUCACCGCACGUCAUGUCCAGAGUUCAUCAGAAGCAUUCUAGGAGAAGAAAACACCGUUUCUUCCAUGGUCUUAGCAGGAAAAUGUGAUUUCACCUAAUGAUUUCUGAGCAAGAGAAGCCCGUCAGAAGCAUUCUAGGAGAAGAAAACACCGUUUCUUCCAUGGUCUUGCAGGAAAUGCGAUUUCACCUCAUGAUUUCUGACAAAGAGAAGCCCUUAAUGGCAGUGGAGAGUUCAUUUCCAACACGAAGAAUGCUACAAGAUUUAGCUACGUCAAUGAAAUGGGAAACUCGAAACCAAUAGUGUAUUUGCGGAACGAAGAAAAGAGGCAGAAGUUGCAGAAGAUUGUGUAUGCUUGGGAAGAGCAGUA